AUGCUUGUCAUAUGACUGUGACACCCAUGGAGACAAUUACAAGGAACGAGAUUCGCUCCUGGAUGUGAAAACAAAAUAAAGCUUGUAUCGAAUUAAUUUUUGGUACAAAAUGCCUCCGACUCUCUUUCAGAAACUUUUUAACAAGAAAAAUGCGCUGUCGUCACCGCCGCCAAGAUGUAGCAAGGAGGACCCAGCUUUCAGCUGGCCGCUUCCCCAGCUGGAGCCCAGUCAGAUCAGACUCAUCGUGUACCAGGACUGUGAGAGGCGCGGCAGAAAUGUCCUCUUUGACUCCAAUGCCAAGAAAAGGGGCACGGAGGACACCCCAAUUACCAGCACUGAUGCCCAGGUGAAGAUGUUUGGGAAAUGCUGCCAGCUCCGUCCGACGCGAGGCAGCAGCAGUUCCCUGGACAGCUCUUCUUCAUGCACUUCUGAAAGGGAAUCCAAGGAGCAGGGGCACCGUUUCCAGGGUUCGAGGUGUUCGUCUGAUGUAGUAAUGUUGGGGGAGAUGAUGUUUGGCUCUGUAGCCAUGAGCUACAAAGGCUCAACUCUCAAAAUCCAUCAGAUCAGAUCGCCACCUCAGCUAAUGCUGAGUAAGGUCUUCACCGCCAGGACAGGUGGCAGUGUGUACGGCAGUUUCAACACGUUACAGGACAGCCUGGAGUUCAUUGGACCAGAAAGCAACACCUUGAGGCCGGAUCAACACAUGGGGCCCAACAGUCUCAUAGUGAACAUAGGAUUUUCUCAGCUCUGCAGCCCUCGACGGGCCUUCUCUGAACAGGGCCCCCUGCGCCUCAUCAAGAGCGCAUCUUUCUUUUCAGGCCACAGUCACCCAAUGGACAUGCCAGGCCGAGGUCCACAUGACGAGAGGGACAGUGGCAUUGCCAGGUCAGCCUCUCUGAGCAGCCUGUUAAUUACUCCCUUCCCAUCGCCUGGUUCCUCGUUGACCAGCAGCUGCGCUUCCAGCUACCAGCGCCGUUGGCUCCGCAGUCAAACAACCAGCCUGGAGAACGGCGUCUUCCCUCGAUGGUCAGUGGAGGAGAGCUUUAACAUGUCCGAUGAAAGUGGCGGUCAAGGCCUUGGGGUGAUGCGGAAGAAGAAGAUUGCCAUUGGAGUCAUCUUCACGCUGUCGCCAAACCCUGAAGAGAGCAGCCGCUUCCAGGAGUUCUUCUUCUCCCACUUCCCGCUGUUUGAAAGCCACAUGAACAAACUAAAGAGUGCCAUUGAGCAGGCCAUGAAGAUAAGUCGGCGGUCAGCAGAUGUCAGUCAGCGAGCUCUGGCUUACAGCCGAAUGGUUGAUGGGCUCAACGAGUUCAGGAUGACCAUCUGUGACCUCUACACAAUGCCCCGCGUGGCCGAGCCUGUCUGGUUGACUAUGAUGUCCGGAGCAUCAGAGAAGAACCAGCUCUGCGGCCACUUCAUGAGGGAGCUCGCCUUACUGAUGGAGCAGGCCUCCAAAAACCAGUUCCUUCCUGCGUUAUUAACAGCCAUCCUGACCAAUCAUUUGGCUUGGGUGCCCACUGUAAUGCCCAAUGGGCAGCCUCCUAUAAAGAUCUUCCUGGAGAAGCACUCCUCCCAGAGCGUAGACAUGCUGGCGAAGACGCAUCCUUACAAUCCUCUUUGGGCACAGCUUGGGGACCUAUACGGGGCUAUAGGGUCUCCGGUGCGGCUGUCAAGAACAGUGGUAGUCGGGCGCAGGCAGGACCUGGUGCAGAGGCUACUUUAUGUCCUCACGUACUUCAUCCGCUGCUCAGAGCUGCUAGAGACCCACAUGCUGGACAGUGUUGAGGAUGAAGCUAUUGUCAUGCCUGGCUCUCUUAUCACCACCUCACUUAGAAAAGGAGAGGUGGAGGAGUCAGACUAUGUCCUGGUUACCGUCCAUAAACCUAGUGGGGACUAUCUGUCCCAAGGGGCCCACUGCCAGCAAAUUGAGGCUGAAGACAGCAGCUACCGCUCAGACAACAGCCUCCAGAGCAGUACAUACACUGACAUGGGGGUGGAGCACAGCUCCAGUGAACCACCCAAAGAGGAAGAUGAGGAAGAAGAGGUUGAGGAAGCCGGCAACUUGAGUACAGGGUCCAGGACUAGUGUUCUUCAGUCGAGGCCCACUGAGGACACGAUCGCUCAAAUGACAACAGCAGCAACAGGUGAACCCGGAGAGCUGCAAAGGGAACUAAGUGGCCCUCUGCUGUCUGAAGUCCCGGUGGAAACGGUGCUGCGGGUUUGUUCAGCUACUCCCAGGAAGCAGAGCUCUGUGUUAGAAACAGAGACCAAGGGUGACCUAAAACUUGUUGAUUCUUCCUUACCUUCCGAACUUUCAUCACAUUCAUCCAUAUCUUCCGUCACUGUAGACUGUAAAAAGGCUGAAGCUGAGGCGGCUACUUCAGUUGGAAGCCAGGCCAGCAAGAUGCAGUUUCUUUGUCCUUCGGGAAUCAGUUUGGAGAAGAAGCCCCCUGAUAAGAACUCUGCUGGAGCAAUGCCAGUACCCGUAUUACCUGGAAACAUUGGGACAGGACCGAUGGCUUUUACUGUGGACGAAGAGCCUGCAACAAAGGUGACUUUCCUUAUUGGAGACUCCAUGUCUCCUGAGUCGGACACCGAGAGUCGCAGACGAAAGAUGGAGGUGGAAUUAAAAAAACACAAGCAAUAUUAUAUGCAGAGAGGAGCACAUUCAAAGACCAUCAACAUCUGUGCAGCUGAGGACCAAACCAAUCAGACCAAGGCAACUCCAGCUCUGCAGCGGAUAUCCAGCAAGAUUCCCCAGUGGAGCAGCAAAUGUGAAGACUAUUGUAAUGACUAUUUAAACUCGGAGAACCAUUUGGAGUCCAGAACUAUAAACGACCAGGAAACCGACUCCAUGCACAAACAUUUACUGAAUCCAUCUGGAAUUUCUCAACUUCAUGAAUUGGGGGAUCACAGUUUUCCAAGUGCACCAAGUAGUCCGGGUUUGGACAUAUCUUUAAGCUCAAGCAGGAAGGGGGACUCCUCUUCAGUUGUCCAGAGGAGGUGCAGGUGCAGUUCUACAGGCUCCUCUGACACCUGCUGCUGCGGAAACUGUCCUGCAGAGCAGUGUAAAGAUCCAAGGUCGUGUGUCCCUCUCCGUCAGGAUGGAGACGACGGCAACGGGGACCAAAAGUGCCAGACGGCCUCUGUCAAUGAGUGGGAAAUACCACGCAAUGAGAGCUCAGACAGUGCAUUGGGAGACAGCGAGAGUGAAGAGACGGAGGACUGGCAGGAGGAGGUGCUGGUUCCCUUCCCUGGGGCAAAAUUAGUGGAGAACUACUCCAAGCCAACCAUUGCCAAUUUUGGUCGGUCUCUCUUUGGAGGUUAUUGCCCCACCUACGUUCCAGACUUCGUACUGCAUGGAAUCCCGAGUGAUGAGAAGCUACGGCCAAGCCUCAUGACGGAGUUAAACCAUGCUGUUCAGCAUCCUGUAUUGGAUGAGCCUAUCGCCGAGGCUGUCUGUAUUAUAGCAGACACAGACAAGUGGACAGUCCAGGUGGCCAGCAGCCAGAGGAGAGUCACCGACGUAACCAAGCUGGGAAAAGAAGUUUUGGUGUCCAGCCUGGUUGCCAACAUAUUGCAGUCCACCUAUCAGCUCUACAAGCUCAACCUUUCGCCUAAUUUUUGUAUAAUGCACCUUGAGGACCGCCUGCAGGAGAUCUAUUUUAAGAGUAAGAUGCUUGCUGAGUAUUUGAAGGGUCAGACGAGAGUCCAUGUGAAAGAGCUGGGCAUGGUGUUGGGGAUCGAGUCCAGUGACCUGCCUCUGUUGGCUGCAGUGGCCAGCACUCACUCCCCGUACGUUGCCCAGAUCUUGCUAUGAGACUUGACAGAUGCUCAGAUAAUAAGCAGUGAGAAUUGCAGUCAGGUGGUCCCACUUUGGCCCUCAGAAAUAGCCGUCCAUACCUGCACAGCUCUCCCCUGAUCUGUGUUAAUGGCCAUCCUAGGGGUUUUUGGCCUGAUACUCGGUGUUGCACAUCAUCAUGGGUGUCGGACUUCGGAGCAAUGUCGAUGUCUGACCACAUGGCGGCGGCAGAGGAUUAAAAUGGAUUGAAGCUGAGCAGACGAAUGAAGCAUCUUUGAUAUGACCUGAAUGUUUGUUGUUAAACAAAACUCUUACUUUUCUGGAAGCAAAAGCCAAAGACUUCAAAUUUGAAUUUCACUUGGAUAAAUUUAAAGAAGUCUACGGUAUGGCUAGAAAUCAUUUUAAUUACAAAACUGCUUUCAUUUUCUGUACAAUCUUAAACAUGGCACUAUGAAGUGAUGGACACCAUGUUGAAACUGAACAAAGUUAAAUGUCCCUGGAUGUUUAUUCCCCAUGCCAGUCAUGCCAUGCUUGUCUAUUUUUUUCUGUUUUUGUUUACAAGUUUAAUUUCUUAAUUUAAUCGAAUUAAUUGUUUUGCAAAAUGAGAUGCCCCCUCUGACUAAAAUACUUUUUUCUUUUCUUUUUUUUUUUUAAGUGAAAUUGCUAAAAGUGCUUUGAUGCUUUUAUCCAAGGUACUUCACUACCUCAGAUCUUCUUAUGGGCAAUGGCAGAUUUAAGGUUGCCCCACAGAAAACCGUGAGGAAAACUUUAUCAGAAAUUUUAAUCAAAGGAAUGUCAACUGUGUAGACUAUAUGCUGUGUUCUAUAAAAGGGAAGGCUGUUUUAUUUCUUAAAAACUGAAGACAUGUAUUUUUGCAUCUCAAAGUGAGAAGGGCCCCUUUUAUAUUGUGGAAAAGCUAAGACCUCUAUUAUCUGUGUUUUCCAACCAAAAUGCUGAAGUAUUUUCUCACAUUUCUACAUCUGUCACCUUUUGUUUACGUCUUCGAUGUCUGGCACAGAAACAGGACUAGAGGAGCACAGUGGGCUUUUUCAUGAGAGCAUAUGUACUGGUUAACACUAUAUCGAGUAUUUUUUUUUCAUGACAGUUUUACACAGAACAAAAACUACAGCAGGAUUUUGUUUUCUGGAAAUUAGCAGAUAUUUAACUAAUGCCGGGUAAGCAGAAAGUGUUUUGUUUUUUGUUGUUUUGUUUUUUUCGGAGUAAGAUGAAGACUUUAAUUUUGCACCUUCUGUUUGCACAUUAAGUAAAACCUGCCGCAGGAAAACACAGAGAAACCUCCUAAUUUGCAACAUUUUCUGUUCCUUUUCGAUUCUCAAAAUACAGAAUUAGAAAGUUUUGCCAUCAUCCUGUGCUUUUUAAAACAAUUAUUCCUGAGAUGAGACCACAGGCUUUUAUGUCAUGUAAUAAAUCAAAUGCAAUGCUUUCUAUUGAUAUAAAAGGGCAACUGUAGUCAGCUCUGUAAGCCUGAAAAGUGGACAGUGGUUUUCAGUUUGCUCAUCCAAGUUGCAGCCUGAAUAUAAUCCAAGUCUUAAUGGAGAAAAGGCACGAAUGUUUCUUUUUGCUGUUAUUAAAUGCUUCUGUAUAUUAAAGAUGUUCCACUAUAUCAGCCCACCUUUGUACAAGAUGGCUAUUAUGGAUUUGUAUAUCAGCUUUUCCCUCUUUGUACAUGACUAAAUUAUUUAGUUGCUCCUAUGUGUAAUGGGUUAUGUAAACUGUACAUUCUCGUUUUUAUUUCCAUGUGUUUGUACAGAAUGUCUUUUAUGAAUUGUCUCCUCCAAUAAUGUUUUUUUUCCCAAUUUUCUGGGAAUGUUGUGCAAUAAAAAUGCAGAGAAUUUUGACUUCUGAAA